AUGGCAAAACACAAAUUCCCAUUCUCCUCCGUCAAACUCACCACCCUCGUCGAAAUGAGCGCUGCCAAUGGCGGAAAUGGAACGGAAUAUUCCUCCGCAUCUCAACCGCACGUGAACAAAAGUACCUCUUCAUCGGACAGUGUCGGCAAUAAAGCUCUUUACUUUCUCAAUUGCUGUAAGAACAAAAUCCAUCUCUUUCAAAUCCAAGCCCAAUUGAUUACUUCCGGUGUUUUCCAAGACCCAUCUUUCUCCGGCCGCCUUUUGAAGCUCUCGUCGAGUUUAAUCGACGAUUUGUGCUACACGCUUCUGAUUUUCAAGUGCAUCGAUUUUCCCGAUGCGUUCUGUGUCAACACUGUAAUCAAGGGUUACACUUGCAGCAACCACCAUCAAAUAGCUGUGUCGUUUUAUGCGGAAGCGCUGAGAAGGGGUGAUUUUUACCCCAAUGGGUUCACUUUUCCGCCAUUGAUUAGUGCUUGCGCUAAAUUGGGUUGCUUGAGUUUGGGGCAAAUGUGCCACGGCCACGCGCUGAAGUUCGGUGUGGUGGACCACGUUCUGCCUGUUCAGAACUCUUUGCUUCAUUUCUAUGGUUGCUGCCGGCUCGUAGAUGUUGCGGGUAAGGUGCUCGACGAAAUGCCUGUGAAAGACUUGGUUUCGUGGAACACGGUUAUCGGCGGUCUUGCAAAGGCUGGUGAAAUGGAAUCAGCCCACAAGAUGUUCGAUGAAAUGCCUAGGAAGAACGUGGUUUCUUGGAAUGUUAUGAUCACCGGGUAUUUGAAUUUCCGCAGCCCCGGAAAUGCGCUGCAGUUGUUCAGAAGAAUGAUGUCGCGGAAUUACGAGAGCAACGACACUACCAAAGUGCAAGUAAUUGCGGCUUGUGCGAGGUCUAAUAGAUUGAAGGAAGGGAAAUCAAUCCAUGGAUUCAUUAUCAAGGCAUGUACGGAUUUCAGUUUGAUUAUAGAUACAAAUAUGAUCGAUAUGUAUAGCAAAUGCGGUAGAACCGAUAUUGCUCGGAAAAUCUUCGAUAAAAUGCCGAUAAAAAAUCUCGUUUCUUGGAAUGCAAUGAUUUUAGGUCACUGCAUUCAUGGGGAUCCGGUCGAUGGGCUUAGUCUUUAUUCAGAAAUGGCGGAUAAAAUUAACCCCGACGAACUGACCUUUAUUGGUGUUUUGUGCGCUUGUGCUCGCUUAGGAUUAUUGACUGACGGGAAAAAUUACUUUUCAGAAAUGAUCGAUUUAUUUCAUUUGAAGCCCAAUUUUGCACAUUAUUGGUGCAUGGCUAAUUUAAUGGCUAACAUUGGUCGAAUGGAAGAGGCGGUGAGUAUCUUAAGGAAUAUCCCGACCGACGAGGAUUUUUCUCCGGAAUAUUCCUUUUGGGCGGGGUUAUUGGGGUCGUGCCGUUUUCAAGGGGAUGCGACUUUAGGGGAGCAAAUUGCGAAGGAGUUGAUUGAGCAAGAUCCGUCGAAUUUUUCGCAUUACAAUUUAUUGGUUAAUGUUUAUGCUUUAGCGGGGAAACGGGCGGAAGUUUCUAGAACAAGGGAGAUGAUGAAGGAGAGGGGGAUUAAGAGAGUGGCUUGUUGUAGUCUUAAGGACUUGACUGAAAUAGUUUGCGAUAACGCGAAAAGAAUCAAGGAGAUUGGUGCAGAAUGUUGA